AUGUAUUGUGUGUGUUGUCCUCUCUCUCCCUCUCCCCCUCUCCUCUCCUCCCUCUCCCCUCUCCCCCUCCCCCUCUCCCUCUCUCUCCCCUCUCCCCCCUCUCCCCUCUCUCCUCUCCCCUCUCCUCUCUCCCCCCUCCCUCUCUCCCUCCCUCCCUCUCUCUCUCCCCUCCCUCUCUCUCCCUCCCCUCUCUCUCCCUCUCUCUCUCUCCCCUCCCCUCUCUCUCUCCCUCCCUCUCUCUCUCCUCCCUCUCUCCCCUCCCUCUCCUCUCCCUCUCUCUCUCUCCCUCCCUCUCUCUCUCCCCUCUCUCUCCCUCCCUCUCUCUCUCUCCUCUCUCCCUCCCUCUCUCUCUCUCCCUCUCUCCUCCCUCUCUCCCUCUCUCCCUCCCUCCCUCCCCUCUCUCUCUCUCUCCCUCCCUCUCUCUCCUCCCUAUCUCUCUUCCUCCUAUCUCUCCCUCUCUCCCCCUCUCUCCACUAUAUAUAUAUAUACACUAGCAGCAUUACCCCGUUGUGUGCAUCAUUCCUUUUCACUGUCUUCCAUUUUAUCUCUGUGAUUUUGCCAAUCUUGCAUCAUAUCUCUCUCUCUCUCUCUGACUUGCAUCAUAUCUCUCUCUCUCUCUCUGACUUGCAUCAUAUCUCUCUCUCUCUCUCUCUGACUUGCAUCAUAUCUCUCUCUCUCUCUCUGACUUGCAUCAUAUCUCUCUCUCUCUCUGACUUGCAUCAUAUCUCUCUCUCUCUCUGA